UCAUUUGAAAACCGCUCUAAAACCGCUCGAAUGGUACAUAAAUUAAUAUUUUGCCGACGCGGAACAAAGAACUGGCUGCGAGCGUAGUAAGCGAAGGUUCGUGACCUUUGAGUGUGUUCGGUUGUGCAAUGAAGGGAAAAUAGGAAAGGUUCAACUUUAUAUCACACAAUAAAAGGGUACCCCAGUGCUUGUUGCCGAAUACCGUCACAAUAAACCAUUGUUCAAAUGCCGUUCAAUUAACAAGCUUGCCAUCUAUCAAGCAACAAAAGCGAAAGUUAUUACCGGCAUUACAGAGAUUGAUAAGUACGUCAACAGACAAUAGCCCGGGGUAAAUAAAUUACUGAUGUAACUGAAAGGUCUUAUACGGUGCAUACACGAAAACUUCUACAGGUCAAAGCAGUUCUUCAGAAAGAGCACUCCUCUAACAGGAAGAGACAAGGACAAGUAAGAGAGUUAAGGUAAACUCGAGAUGAUGGAAAAUUUAACGUUGUUGUCAGUGCAGCCAUGAAGCUUCUGCUUACAAGAAGCGAUUUAAUGUAGCCUUUUUUGUUGUUGAUUGAAAAUUUGCAUUGCUCUCAUUGCGUUUACGUGACACUUUUGGGCAGUUUGUAGAGCAAAACGUAACCAAUAUGAAAAUUGCAGAUUUGGUUCAAUCGCGAUUUAAAGUGUUCUUAACUGAGGACUUGUUCGUAAGUUAACUGAAAUGUUCUUAUCUCUGCUGCUUUUAGUGGAAAAGAUGCCUCCAGGGUCUAGACUACAGAGUUAUGCACCUGAUGUAGUUAAAGGAAAAGCGAUCCUUUUCACAUUUCUCGCAAGUUUUCUUGCUGUAUACAAAGGACAGCUAGCAUCAGCCUCGACGCCAAACUUGGCGUCCUCUGUCAACCUUCAAACUUACUCAGCGGUUUCUCCAAGUGGCGGCGUCUCACCCACCCAGACGUCAGUUUGGCCCUCCUCGACUGCCAGCCCCAGUCUACCUCAGACUUUUCAGAUUUCCAUUCAGUUGUCUCAGACAACCUGGCAUGAAGAUCUCUAUGACAAGCAGAGUCCGACGUUUGUUGCUUUGGCAACGAACCUAACCACGGCGGUUUCGGAUGCUCUCAAGACGGUUGGAGAUGCGACGGUUGAAGUUGUAGAAUUCAAACCAGGAAGUGUAAUUGCUGUUCUGGAUGUAACGACGUUAAGUUCAAAUGAAAAGGCCGUGAAGAGCAAGCUUACAGAAGAGAUGAAAGAUGGACAGCUUGGCGGUUUCUCUGUUGAUCCGACAGUCUACUCUGGAACUCUAUUCGAAGUUGUUCUCAGGGUCGUAUCAGCAUGUAACGACUCUUUCGCAGACAAGGGCUUUGAUCAGAAAGAAGAAUUCGAGAGGGCCUUAAGCAGUGAGAUGUCGGCCAAUCCCGAAUUUCUUGGUGCUAACAUUCAGCGCAUCGAUUGUUCUACAGCAGGCAACAUCACCAUAGUAACAGCACGUGUCCAGAUAGGUGGUCCAUCAGCGUCUAGUCCAUAUAAGGAGUUGCGCCGCCUGAGAAGUCAAGUUGAUGCCGGCCGGGUUGGCAACUUCACAGUGGUCCCUGAUUGGAAAUCAUACACUCCUGGAGAAAAAGUGUUUUACGUAUACGUCACUCUGCAGACGGAGACUGCCGACGCGGCGCUAACCAGGAAACAACUGGAGCAGUUCGUAGAAAGCGAAUUUAAGAGUGAAGACAAUUUUAGGUAUGUACACGCUACCACGCCUGGGAGUAAAACUGCGAUCAUCGAGAUUGGAAUGUCUUCUUCAACGUCCGAGUUUCUUUCACUGGCACUUAGUCCCCUUGCUGCUGAUCUUCACAGGGCAAAACUUGGAAACGUAACAGUUGUUAGGAAAGAGAACAGAGUCACAGUCGAUACGAGGUCUUUGACAAGAAAGACAUUCGAAGUAACCUUCGUACAGUACGUUUCAAGCUGCGAGAGUGACUCGGCACACCACAAGAAUCUUAGCCAAGGUUUCUGGCAGUUUAUAGACGAGAGCAUGAAAGCCAAUAACAUUAAGGAAGUUUACUUGGAAACCAAGGUCAAAAUUAUAAAAUGUCAGAACUCUACAACUCUACGAGGCUUUGCUUACAUUUACUUGAAGCCGACUGCACAAGAUGACAUUGGACAGUUCGUUCGGCCAUUUUACAAAUGUAAAACACUAAUUAAUAUUUACAACGCGGGCUUUAGAAUAACGCUCAAGACACCAACACAACCCGAUACCAAGGGACAGUGGUCCCCUAAACUCGGCGGCGUGUCGGUGACUUACGUCUGUCCCAAGCCUAAGCCUCCCACUAAACCACCCACGCUUUCCACCGUGAGCACAGCCACGCCGCAACCCACAAGACCGCCAACAACUGAAGCUAGUUUAUCCAGUACUGGAAAAACCACUGAUGAACCUUCAAACGCUACCGAACCCACUCAUCCACCAGAAACAACGACACCGACGACACCACCGACAACCAGAGUCAUUCUCCCAACCCUGGCUAUCGAACCGGAGUUGUACGUCAAGCUGAAGCUCGGACUAACCUGGGGCGAGUUUUGCUCCAAGAGGGAUGCUCUGAAAGAGAGGAUAGCGUGGAACGUGCGUGACAGUAACGACACCAGGGUGUCCCCUGACAGGAUUGUUUAUAUCAAUGUAGAGCGAAACUGCGCGGACCUUGGGAAAAAAGACGAGCUGGCAGUGGUGUGGUUUUAUGUUUCUAAAUCUGGCUCCAAAGAAGUGCACAAGGAUCUGACUUUAAAAGUUUAUGAACUCUUUAAGAUGUUCUUUGAGAAUGGUAACACAAAACAAUUGGGGCCUGACUUCCAGGAAAAGGUUGUUCAAGUAGAGUUGGCUGGUAACGACGCUGCGAAUUACGAAAAACAGACUAACAAUAAGAUGCCCUCCUGGUUGAUUAUUCUCCUCGCCAUUGCUGGAGCCGUGGGUCUGUUUCUCAUGCUGUUAGCAUGUUGCUGCUUGUUUUGCUGCGGUGUGAGACGGCGCAGACGAAGGAGAAAAUACGGAACAGAGCAUCCUCAGGUGCUACAUGUUGUUCAUAUGAUGCUAAACAAACGUGCACCAAAUCUUUUUCAGUCUGAAACAACACAGAAUACCACCGACGGAAAAGGAAACUGCUCGGACCAAGGAGACAAAUCACCAACAAGAAAACCCAAAGCAGUUAUUGACGAAUCUAACAAUGCCUACGGCUCCCUAAACAAGACUGAUGGUCUUGGAGAACACACCUAUGCCUCCCUUAACAAGGCAGGCAGUGGGGAUAACAGCAGCGGAACCAGCGACAACAAUAACAGUGCAGGGUAUAUCGCGAUGACUGCACCUGUCUCUAACGGGGGUAUUGACAGGAGCGGGGACAGAAGUCCAGGGGCAGACAGCAAGAGUAAAGACAGUGGGUCCUCGGAUGUAAAUUCCGGGCGAGCUGGUAAAGGUGGAGAGAGCCCAAACAGUGGAUCCAAGCCUAGAGGGGCCUCUCUCAUCAAAGCCGACGCUGGCCCGAAAAGCGGAGAAAGAAGAGGUUCGAAUGUUUAUUACGCAUCUAUCGAUGAUGAUGUACCGCUGACUCAUAAGACAGGAACUGUGGGCAUUGUGGCGCUAGCGAUUAGGAACAAAAAUGAAACGAAAAAAGAGAGAGAAUUCAAGAACCUAGACAAAGACGUGCUUAAUGAAGCGGUCAAGUACCCACCUGAAACCGCCAGUAAAAACAGAUUCCCGGAUGUUCUACCAGCUCCCAGAACUCGAGUCAAGUUAUCCACUUCUCCCGAUUACAUCAACGCAAACUGGAUCAGGGACCACAAAGGGCAGAUAUCCUACAUAGCUACCCAGCAUCCUCUGCAUGAGACCACGGAGGAUUUCUGGCGAAUGGUCUGGGACCAAAAAGCGCAUACGGUUGUCAUGGUGAACGAUGAGGAAAAAGAAAAACCGGCUGAAUUCGUGGAUUACCUGCCAAAAGGACAAGGAAACUCAAAGCAAUUUGGUGGCAUCAAUGUUACAGUCAAACAAAUAACAGAAAAAGCGGACUACCUUUUGACUGUUCUGAGCAUCGUCGAAGGAAAGAAUGCAGCCUCCCCGCGUGAAGUCUCGCACAUGAGAUUCACGUCGUGGAAGGAGCGCGCCAUGCCCAACGUGGCUCUGUUUGUUGCUUUCGUGACAGCCACGAGGGAAGCGAGGAAGAAACAUGGCCACACCAAGGCUCCGACCAUUGUACACUGCAGUGAUGGUCUUGGUUUCAGUGGCGUGUAUAUCGCUGUGGAUAUUGGUAUAAAAAGCCACGAGGAGAGUAAAACAUCAGUUGUUGAUGUGAUAGGACAUUACCUUUAA